GCGACGUCGCAUUCAACCUAGUCUAGCCGAUACCUAGCCCAUUGAUUAUUCGUGUAAGAGGCAAAAUUGUCUCGCCAAAAGGUUAUAAGCUUGACCUGGAGUUGCCAGUCUUUUAGAUGGAUAUUUUUUUUUCACUGUCUCAACCAUCUCAAGUUCUCUUGGGAUAAAUAACUUCUGUUCAAGUUUUGUGCAACUUUUCAACAUGUUAUUACCGAAGUUCCUUCACGUCGCAUUGUUGCUUGGGAUUGUUGCCGCCCAAUCCAGCAACGAAAUUGACGCUGCUAUCGAGGCAUGGAGAUUUCCCGACUGGAGCGCAUGGAAGUUCGUGAACUAUUGCGCUGGGGAGACCCUCACAAAUGGCAAGCAAGUCCUCGAGGGAUCUUGCAAUAGCAUCCCACACGGCAAUAUCCCCGCAAAGAAAAACAUGAUCUCAUCCAUCCUCCUCAGCCCCAAAGCCGGUGAGCAGUUACCGGCAGAAACCGACUUCAUCAUCCAGGUCCAGACCCUCAACCUAGCAGCCGGUUCCUUCUCAGAUCCGGCGACGGCCUACUACGCCGCGCCGCAGGAUCUUAAGGAUGGCAAGGUAAUUGGGCACACACACUUUACCGUGCAAGAUCUAGGAGACAACUUGAACCCUCAACAGCCGCCGGACCCGACUACGUUCAAAUUCUUCAAGGGAAUCAAUGAUGAGGGAGAUGGGAAUGGUCUGUUGCAGGCUACUGUGCCUGGAGGUCUGCCGGCUGGGAACUAUAGAGUGUGCACGCUCACGGCUGCUGCGAACCAUCAGCCUGUGUUGAUGCCCGUUGCCCAACGGGGAAGUUCCGAUGAUUGCACCAAGUUCACCGUGGUUGCUAAUGACAAGAUUGAUGAGGAUAAGGGCGAGUCUUCAUCACGUAUACGACGGAAGUAUAUCGCAUGAGCUGUGAUUGCAGAUAUAUUGGUGGGAUAAUUCGAGGCACCUGAUUAAAUGAGGGUGGCUUGCGGAAAUCUAAGGGUCAUUCAACAUAGAAGUAAUGCCUUGGGCGCAGUGCCCAACCCCAUCGGCAAUGCUUAUGAUCAUACAGCGACUGCAUGUUGAAGUACAUGUAGUCGGCGUUUGCAAGCCUGGAUCCGAUGGAACACGCACCUAAUCACGAACCUGAUGGCAUGGCUUGAACGCAUUACUGCGCCCGCUGCCUGCUACUCGAUAAUAAGUAUCACAGAACUUAGAGGCAGAGAGAGCGGGAGAGAAGAAUGUUGUUUCAAUUAUGAGAUGAUAUUGGGUUAGUGCGAUAUUUGAGUAUAGUAAAUUGACAUUUCGAGGAGCAACGCCACAUAUAGUUGACACAUCGCAAACCAAUGUAGG